AUGGAAGCGGUCACUGAAGAACAGCUUGCAGCUCUUUUUGUCACUUGUGAACAGGUUCUUGAUUGCCGAAUUUGUGGUGAUCCAAACUUAGUACUUCAUUUUUCCUUCAUUGAGUUCACUGAUGAAGAAGGCGCAAGGGCUGCUUUGAGUCUCGCAGGGACAAUGCUUGGAUUUUACCCUGUUAGAGUACUGUCCUCUAAGACAGCUAUUGCACCAGUUAACCCAACAUUUUUGCCAAGGACUGACGAUGAAUGUGAGAUGUGUGCAAGAACCAUUUAUUGUACAAAUAUUGACAAAAAGGUUGCUCAAGCUGAUGUUAAACUCUUUUUUGAAUCGGUCUGUGGAGAGGUUUAUCGCCUAAGGCUGCUUAGGGACUAUCAUCAUUCUACUCGUAUUGCCUUUGUUGAGUUUGUAAUGGUAUCUAUCUGUUUCAAUAUUCCUACAUUCAAUAUUCUAUUUUUGUAUUUCUCUAUUUAUUUUGAGUAUGGAGUUGCUAUGUUUCUUGUUCUUUAUGUUUUACUUUUGCAAUGA